UCCCCAAGGCCGCCCCGUUCUGCUGCGCAUGCUCGGCGCCCACUGCCCGGCCUGGACUCGCGCAUCUCCAAGCAUCUGCCUCUGGUCCUGCACCCAGGUCUGGGCGUCCCGCGCCCCGCCAUGACAGCGCACUCCUUUGCCCUCCCGGUCAUCAUCUUCACCACGUUCUGGGGCCUCAUCGGCAUCGCCGGGCCCUGGUUCGUGCCGAAAGGACCCAACCGCGGGGUGAUCAUCACCAUGCUGGUAGCCACUGCCGUGUGCUGCUACCUCUUCUGGCUCAUCGCCAUCCUGGCCCAGCUGAACCCCCUGUUCGGGCCGCAGCUGAAGAACGAGACCAUCUGGUACGUGCGCUUCCUCUGGGAGUGACCGCUGCCGCUUCAGCCCAGGUGGCCCAGCUCUCUGGAUGACCUCGGCUGGACCGUCCCUGAAUACCCCUUUGUCCCCACCCCCGCAGCUGUGUCCUGGCCCCUCUGUGCUCCCUCCCCAGGGCCUGCCUGGCUCCCGCAAGUGCCCCUGUCCCCAGCCAGUCCGGCCUGAGCUGUAUUUGGCUGGAGCAGAGAGAUCCCGCCCUCACACUCCCACAGCCCCUUCCUACACGAGACCUGGCCAGGAGUUGACAAGGGAGAUCUGUCCAGGGAAGGACCUGUGUCCCUCAGAGAAGGCUACCAGGACGAGUGGAAGCCCUGCAUGGGGGUCAGGGCGCAGUCGCCAGCUCUGCCUUUUUCUGCUGCGUGGCCCCAGGUGGGAAGCCCCUCUGCCUCCAGGGCCUCCUCACCUGGGAAGUGGAGGGCAGAGCUCCUUCCGGGUGUGGCAAAGGCCUUUGGAAUUUAAUUUCCUGAAAAUGUUGAAGUAAUGGGAAAACAUUCACACCAAAAAACAUGCUAAUAUGGGUCCAGAUAGAAACUCGUAUGUUUAGUACCCUUUAUAGUCCUACAGUCACCGGCCUUCUCAGAACGUCGUUCCCCCUCAGACUUUCCUGUCCCGCUCUCCUCCCGUGGCUGCUGCUGCGCCCUGGCCCCCCGCCCAAGGCAGCUCCCACGCAUGGUCUGGACUCCAUGAGGCUGCAUGAAGGCAGGUUUCUGGGCCCCUCACAGCAGCAUGUAGAUCAUCUGAGCUGGGGAGAGUGAAGGGAGACAGGUGCGGGCAAGGUUUGGGCAGCUCUGUGGGCUCCUGGGACCAGCACCAGGCUGGCUGUGCCAGCAGCAGGCCAGAGGGAUCCUGAGACCACCGGCCCAUGCCCUGGCCUCUAAGGGGAGCAGAGGCUGAGGUCUCAGAUGCUUGCCCUUUGUCCCAGAGCUAAUUGGGGUCCCCUCUCUGCCACGCGGCCUCCCUGGAGGAAGAACCCAAUCUCACCUAUUUAUUGACUAUUUAUUUGAUUGGCCUUCCUCCCACUUAGUGGGCACUGUUUUUGGACUGGUGCUAGAGUGCAAGGUGUCUCACCUGGACUUCUUGGUCUGGCCUGUUGCUCAGAGCUCAGGCCGGGGCCUCCCCUCGACAUCCCACCAUCUCCCUUUUGGACUUCCUGCCUGUCCUGGCCUCCCUGGCCCUGCUGGAGUGGGGGUGUUGUGUGGGGUUGCACAGGAAACCCACUGCAUGUCUAGCGACUCUGCAGUGGCAGGAAAUCACUGCUCGGUGGCAGACUCCUGGCUGAGGCCAAGUUUGCUGGCCGCCUCUCCUUGCCCACCUGAUUCUGUAGUGUAAAGGCUGGGGACAUGAACGGGGGACUGGCAGCUGCUCAGAGCUGCAGCCCUGGGACAUGGACAUGAACCCACACUUUCCUGAGACCCGAAGGAAGGGGCAGCCAUCGAGGAUUCUACCAGAACCAGGAGGAAGAGGAGGCGGAGGACUGGCUCAGGUGGAGCUUCGACCGCCACUCACCUGUUCCCAAUUACAGAGUGAACAGCUCCUGGGCUGGGCAAUAAAGCAGGUUCCCAACCUCUGUA